CAUGUUAACAUGAUUGACUUUUGUGUAUUUCGUAUAAUAAUUUGAACUAAUGAGUUAACAUCAAUUGUGGUGAAAAUCAGGCAACAGUAAAAAAAAAAUUGCGUUACGUUAUCCUUGCUCUAUGGUUAUUGCUCUCUGUAUACCAUACAAUUCGAUGCACAUUCAGACUAUAAUUUAUAUAUACACCAAUGUACGGAAUACCUUGGCAGAAUUAAAACUUUUCUGGCACUUGAUAAAUUAAAUAACAUUAGUCCAUCAUGAUAUAGGCUUCUGGAUGAAGAACAAGAAUCUAUGACAGCGUUACAAAAUUUCGAUUAGAUUGGCCAUGAAUAUCUUACGAGUCGCGUCGUUUAAAUCACGGAGGAAUAAAAACACGUUUAAAUUCACUUCGUAGAACAUGAAAUUCUGUAGGGGCUGGAUCGAGCGGGGGUUACCAAUCUGUGUAGACACUGCAGUGUGCAGACACGUAAGUGCAUUAUCCCAUCUCACUACCUCGCUUCAGGCGUUGCAAUGUGAUACCCAGCACGAUAUGAGGUAAAGGGCACCCCCCCAUGAGAUGUUCAAGCUGUAUUCCCUAAGGCUAUUCUGCCUACUGCACCCCCUUCAGAAAUCUGAAAGGAAUUCUAAAGAUUCUAUCCACACAAAAGAAGACACAAUGGAGGGGGUCCCCUUUACUGCAUAUCUUGCAUCAUAUGGAUGCGAAUUAUCCACGUAGGUGUACCCUGUGGCCCGCCAGCUGUUGCACAUGAAACUAAGUGUGUAAAAAUCCAUUUUCUUUGCCAAUUCUCCGGAGUGAAAGGGUCCAUUAAUUCAUACAUCCGAAGAAACACCUGUGCAACAAUAACAUGCCUAGCGGUGCUCCGCAAGUGCGUUAACCUGACAAAACUAGCUGCACCAAAGUGGCUUCCGCGUACCUCUUACAUACUGCCAUAUCGGGCAUACGUACCUGCUGGGCCAUGCACUCUCUUUCAACAGCGCCCUCUGUUGGAAAACAUUGGCCUGCAGUGCAGUUUCUGUGUUUCGUAUUAAUCCCAUUUUAUUUAUUUUUUUAGUGUGACUAUAAUGUGGAUUAUGAAAAGUCUUUGGAUGUGCAUUUUUAUGUUCACAAAGUUUUCUGCCCAAACUCGUGCUCAGUAUCAGUGAAAUAAUGAUUUACAUUAAAAAAAGCCGUUUGACUUGCCCAUACACAGAAAAAACAUCUUGAUGCAUAACUGCUUCUCUAUUUACCUACCUGCCACGAGUUAUUUUUUUAAUUUCUUCUCCUGCAGCAGUACCGAAGUAGCAUUAGAAACGAAAAAAAAAGGAAAAGGUCCUUAGAUGUUUUUCCUCCUUGACCGCCACUUGUUUUUAGUCAUUGUGGAUAGUGACCGUUGGCUAUGCUAUCGAAUGAGAUUUGACACAAAUGAAAAAUGGCGGGAUCUCCUCUUCUCGCCUCCACAGUGCGGAAGAGCUUUUCACAAGUGAUUUAUGGUUUGGCAAACACUGCGCUCACACGCAUGCAGAAUGUGCCCUGUGUUUCUUUUUUUUGCACCACGGUCCUCGGAAGGGUUGGUUAGAGGAACUUCCAAGCAAACAAAUCCAGGUUUACACUCCGGGGGCCAUCGAGUGGCGCAACGGAGCGAGAGCGGGAGAUCGUGUGAUGGAAUGGAACGCCAGAACAAGAAUGCACCGCACCGAACCCCAACGUGCUUUGCUCUUAGCGCGGGGGCUGCAAGGGAGUCGGGCCGUGGUAUCAUACCUUCUCUUCCCUUGAUUACUUUAACGAAAGUGACCCGUCGCCGUCGAACCAAAAGAGUAACAUACUGCACCCUUUUUGUUUAUGAAGUAAGCAUUUCGAGAAAGUACAAAGUGGCUCAUCCAUCAGUGUAACAAUAGUGUACACGUAAAAGGAGAAACCAGGUUGCCGCGCAGUUUUGUUUAAGUUUUAAUUAAUGUUGCGCUCUGCGCUUUGCUGUUUUCUUGUUAUCGCGCUGUGGUUCAGGUCCAAAGAUUGCAGAAGCUGGAACGCGUAUUGACAUUGGUUAUCGUCAGCGAGAGUGAGAAGUGCAUGCAGUCCCCAUAUUAAAAGUUUGAUACCUUUACCCGGGUGUGAAAGCUAAAUGCGUCUGUAUCACAGACCCGUCGUUCCUCCCACUUUCAUUUUCAACAGCGCCCUCUCUCGUUUUCAGGGGUACGGGCAAAUUUUGUUUCCAAGAUACGAUGACGCGUCAACUGUACUAUACUACCGGUCAUGCCGCGCCGGAGCGAAGUCGUACGCGAUGACAGUGGGACGCGACGAGGCUUCAAGUUGUACUGGUCAUUAAAAACCCAAAAUCAUUCAAAAAGGAAUGCAGGCCUAAUACGAGAAGAGUUUAUUGUCCGCUUCUUCAACUUAAGAAUGUAGAAUGGAGUUUUAAGUAACGCUCGCUUGCGGUUGAAUACAUCACACGUACGAACUACGGUCGAUUAAUUUAAGAAUCAGGGCGUAAGCUAUUCCGGCCCAGCGCUGCCAUGUUUUGCUCCCUCCCGCGUCAAAGCAGAGUUUGGUUCAGUGUAUACGUAUUCCUACUUGGAAGAAUAUUCAAUUGAUCCAUGGCCCAUGAUUCUGGUCAGUAAAAGUUCUCAUACCUGUGCGCAGCCCCUUGAAGUUGAGAUAUUGAGAAGUGUAUAAUUAAUUGUAUCAGUUUAUAUCACCAUCAUGGGGAUCGGACAGCGAAGAGGAGGUCGAGCUCGCGGUCGGCACCGUCACCGUGCCAGAGCGCACCAUCAUCAUCGUCCUCGCAAUCGACUUGUAGGCCUGCGGUUUGGCCUGCGUCUCAACCGUCGCGGCCAUGGAGGCAAUAUUAGCAAUAACUUUGGGCCAGGGUUCAGUUCCCCAGGACAGAUGCCACCAGAACUGUGCUGCCACAUGUGGAUGGGCAUCUUCUCCGUCAUGUUUGGCUUGGUGGUAUUCUGUAGUCUGCCUGUCUUCAUCUUUGGCAUCUUCAGCCAUGACGCACCCAUGGGUUUACUAAUUGGAUUCCCCAUUCUGGGCUCUGUCUUGAUUUUCAUUGGCAUUCUAAAAGUAGCCAAAACUUGUCAGGCACUCCAGCGAGAAACCCAACAAACUUCUCAAGAGGAAGGGAAUGAAAGUAGAUUGGGGAACGAUGUGACAAGUGUCAACAUGGACACCUCUUCCCGGUUAGAGGUGGAACAGAGAACAGUGGGUGCCGUGUGGACAACAGGUCAGAGUGGGGUCACGAUUCUGCCUCAACCAGUCCAAGGACAAGUGGGCUACCCCAUUGGGCAGCAGACUGGCAUGGGACGAUAUGGCUAUCCCACUGGCCCGCAGACCAGCAUGGGACAAAUGGGUAAUCCCACUGGGCAACUGACCAGCCUGGGGCAAACCGGUUGCCCAACCGGGCAACAGACCAGCAGCAUUGGGCAAAUGGGUCAGCCCACUGGGCUACGGACAAGCACUGGACAAACGGGUUACCUCACUGGAUGGCAGACCAAUGCUGUUCAAUCUCAGGUCUUUCAUGUACUGCCAUACAGCCCUUCAAAUGAUCAAAUAUCUGCAGGAAGCAACAGCGUCAAGCCACCCCCGUCAUACGAAGAGGUUGUUGGGCUGUGAGGUGUUUGAUGAGAUGGACACAGUGGAAAUCUGAAACAUCAAAUUUCAACUUUCAUAAAAUCGACAUGUUGUCAAAGAUUCGAAAACAGGGUUUAAACGUUGGCUAUGAAACUUCAGAAUUUCAGUUUUGAAAUAAUGUGCUUUUAAAGCAAAUAACAGUAUGUAUUUGUGUAACAACAUAGUUGGAAAGGAUGUGUUUUCAUUCAAUGAUUAGGACUGUGUUGAAAAAAGUCCCGUUUGACUCGGUGUGAUCACAGCCGGACAGAUUUGUGUUUCUAUUGUCGUCCUGCCACCAAAUGUGUGCUGUGAAAGAGUCGAACCCCAUUAGCAAGAGGUCCUUCAGACUUUGCUGAUUAUCUUGUUAUCCACCCCGAGCAGGACCAAGAGAGGGUGCAAGUUUCCUAGCAACAGAGGCUCCUGUGAUGGGAACUGCACUCGCUGGUUCACAAGCGACUGUGUAAUGCAUGUGUUAUGGUCGUGUCACUCUUGUCAAAAUGAACGCUUUCCACCAGCAUGGCUCUUUUCAACCAAUGAGGCGGUGCUUCUGCUCAAGGCGGUUGACAGCCUUGACAGGAACCUUGUUUUAUCAGGAAUGAAAGCAUGGAAGAACAAAGGAACUGAAUGUAAAAAUUUCCUUUUGACAAUCAGAAUGUUGUAUUUGUGCUCUUAUUAAUGAGGUUCAACUGUAUUUGGAGUUUCUAAAAGUUCCUUUGUCAGGCUGAACUCAUGGAGUCAUAUCAUGUUGGUGCAUUCACUUUCUCUGCCUUUUCCACGUUCGUGACCAAGGUUCAAAUCCCACCCAGGAUGGUGGUCAACAGCUUGUGGGCUGCUCUUCUUCCAUCAACACAAAUCAGACUGGUCGUUCUAUGCUUGCCCACUUACUUAGUACCGGGGUGUGAGCGGCCAGUUAAACUCAAAGCUGAAAACAGCUAGCAAAAAGCUGAAAUGUUAAAAGUUCCAGUACUUUGGUACAGGCUAUAGGUAGGUAUUCAAAAAGCUAAAACGAGCUGAACUCUCACACCCGAUACUAACCAUGGUCACUUUCUUGGUUUCAUCUAGUACCAGUCCUGUUCCUCUGAAAAUGGUGUUGGAAGUAGCCGUGCUUGACUCCUACAUAGAAAAUGCUAAUACCCAGGUUUUUUUGCUUGCUAUCCAGAGAUUUUCCAAACAACUCAAGGGGCAGCACAAUGCACCCCCCAUCUGUACUAUGGACAAAAACCAUAUCAAGGGAUUUUAGAUUUUCAGUGAACUCUGAUCACAUGUUUCUCAGGGAGUUGCAUCUUUUCUGAACUGAAUGCAUCGAGUGUGAACAUCACAAUUUUCCACAAAACUUUCAAAUAGUGCAACCAAACUUUGUUUACAAAUUUUUCUGUAUCCAUAUACAAUAUAAACAGUAUUUUGUAUAGUCAAUGAGACAAAUUAAUUAUGAUGCA